UUUAAGAGAAACUGAGAGUUAUAAGAAAAAAAUUAAAAUAUAUUCCCCACUUUGACAGCUGUCAAAAUCGUGUAACCUAAAAUUUUGUUUGUCAUCACCCAAGUAAACACCGUAGUCCGAGAAUGGCAGACUAUUUUCAAGAGAUGAGUUGGACCCCUUUGGGUGAGGGAGAACGCCCCGACAACUAUCUGCACUUCGUCCGCCUGUUGCGCGACUUUAACAUGUUCAACGAGCUUUUGGGGGGCAAAUUGCCGCCCCCUGCGUCCAAAGAAGUGGUGGACAACUUGCCAACGCAAGAAAUUUCCGAGACAGGGACUCAGUGCCCUGUUUGCUUGAAGGAGCACGAGAAAGGCGAAGUAGCCAGGAAGAUGCCCUGCAAUCACGUUUAUCAUUCUGAGUGCAUCCUGCCUUGGCUGCAGAAAACCAAUUCCUGCCCCCUUUGUCGAUACGAGUUGAAAACAGAUGACGAGGAUUAUGAAGCUUACAGGAAGGAGAAAUUAAGGGCUAAGGAACGGGAAGCUGACAUAGAAACAUUGCACAAUUCCAUGUUUUCUUAAUACACUACAUUCCUACUUAAUUAAUAAGGUUUUGAAGUCCUAGUCUUAGGGGCAAAUAAAUAUGAAUGGUUACGAGGUUUUUUAUAUAAAUAUUAAGAUGUGGUGUUGUUAAAUAAAUUAAAUUUUUGUAAGGAGAAAGGA